UCCCCAUUUCUGGCCACCAAUCAGAGCGCCGCGAUCCGGGUGCUGCGGCGGCUCCGCUUCCAGCCACGUGGGUCUCCGCCCUCCGCCCGUGCUCGCGGAAGACCGUGGCGGCGUCGCUGUCUGUCUGAACUCCGUCUCCCAAGCUUGCCGGGGAGGUUUUUGCAGAGCAGCGGCCCCGAUCCCCGGGAUUCCUGGUUCGCGUAUGUCCCCCGGGGAGAUCGGGGCUCGCGGACAUCGGGGCAGCUUCCAGCCGGGGACAUGGUGGGGUUCACGGUCCCCGCGGAAGUCAGCGUGUUUUUGCUCGACAUAGAAGGCACGACCACUCCGAUCACGUUUGUCAAGGUGGUCUUCAUGGACAGCCCAUGUAGAGCUGGUUGCAGUAGUCAAGCCACGAGGAUAUUUUGUUUCCUUACAUCAGGGAAAAUAUUCGAGAUUAUCUAGACACCCACUGGGAAGAAGAAGAGUGCCAGCAAGAUGUUGGCCUACUGAGAAAACAGGCUGAAGAAGACUCUCAUAUGGAGGGAGUGGUGCCUAUCCCACUGGAAACCAGGGAUGGGGAAGAAGAGGUUGAACGGGUCAUCCAGGCAGUGAUAGACAAUGUCCUCUGGCAGAUGUCUUUGGAUAGGAAGACCACAGCUUUGAAACAGUUUCAGGGCCAUAUGUGGAGAGCAGCCUAUGAAAAUGGCUGCUUAAAGGGAGAGUUCUUUAAGGAUGUUGUUCCCGCAGUGAAAAAGUGGAAAGAAGCAGGAAGAAAGGUGUAUAUUUAUUCCUCUGGGAGUGUGGAAGCUCAGAAGCUUUUAUUUGGAAACUCUACAGAAGGUGAUAUUUUAGAGCUCUUUGAUGGUCACUUUGACACCAAGAUAGGACCUAAAGUUAACAGUGAGAGCUAUCAGCGGAUUGCUGCAAGCAUUGGAUGUGCCACAAAUAACAUACUGUUCUUGACGGAUGUCACUCAAGAAGCAGAUGCUGCUGAAGAAGCGGAAAUGCACGUGGCUAUAGUGAUCCGGCCGGGCAACGCAGGACUGACAGACGAUGAGAAAUCGUAUUACAGACUCAUAACCUCUUUCAGCGAACUCUUCCUGCCUCCCUCUGCUUAAAAUUUGCAUCUAGAACUAAGGAAGGGAUGGGGAAAGAUAGAGGAGCAGCUGAGAAAAUUCUCCUUACCGUUUACUGUCAUUCCUGCCAGCGAUGAGAUUCUCACAAAGAGAAAUAUUGGGCACUUGACACAAAAUUCAACCUGACGGAAAACUACCAAUUCUGGGAUUGCAGCAAAGGGAAGCUCUCAACAUGUCGAACUUAUUUAUACUUUGGAUUUUCAAAAGGAAGAUUCAAGAGGUACCGUUCAACCGAAGGUUCCCCAGCCUUUUUGAGGUCAGCCGGUGGGAUGCGAAUCCCACCUCCCGUUCAGUUCCAAGGGGCCAAGCCCUGGAGACUUUCCUUACGGACUGUGUCUUGGGUGUCUGCUACAAACUCCCAUCUUUUAUUCGCAUCAUAACCUGCUUGCAGGUUUUCAAAGUCUUCCGUUCUUCGUUCUCGUUUGGAGUGAACGUAGGGGAAAUCGGACUGUUGAUUAGAUCCGUGAUUUGAAUAUCUUGCAGUCUGAGCUCUCCGAACGAUUGGUCUUGGAAAGAGAAGGAAAACCAGCGCAGGCAUCAUUAACUAAAUCAAACACGCAAGCUUUGCCAACUGGAAUAUGUUUGCAUGUGGAAGGCAUGAUUGAUCCUGGUCACGAGAGUUGCAUGACUGCUCAAAGGUUAUCAUACUUAAGCUGGGGGAAAGGGGUGGGGUUCCCCCCCCCCGGAUCAAAUUCUGGAAAAUUGCAUUCUAUAUCUAUAUGCAGGUUAGUAUUUUACCUAUUGCACUUGAAGGUACCACGGAGAGCCGAUGGUUCGUGUGGUUUCAAUGGUGCAGACUCUGGCAUUUCAAAAGUGACAAAGCAUGUCUCAAUGUUAACACCUCUUCCUUCCUUAUUUUAAAAGGCUCCUGGGUGUUUCAGCAAUCCAAAUCUGUCUCUUCAGCAUGCUGCACAUUUAUGUUCUGCUAUACGUAAUGUUCUGCCUCCCUGAAUCCUGCUCCUUUUCACUAAGGAUGUAAGGGGAACAAUCCCAAAUUGUGUUGAACGGAACUAACGCCAAUAUUUUUUUUCCAUCUGGCCAACAUACUUUAGAGUUACAUCCUUGCUUGGAAACAGGCUUGUUGUAAUAACUGCAAAUAACUGGAAAUGGGCCUGUUGUAAUAACUGCAAAUAACUGGAUGAAAUACUGAAAUCAUAAGGUGUCAAGAACAUCCCAGUUUAAUUGGAGAUGUCCAGAGAAUCUAGUAGGCUACCUAGAGCAGGAGUAGGCAACUUUGGCCCUUUUAUGACUCAUGGACUUCAACUCCCAGAAUUCCUGAGCCAGCAUGGCUUAGCUUGGAAACCUCUCCCUUUCCCCUCAGCGUGGCUGGCUCAGGAAUUCUGGGAAUUGAAGUCCACGAGUCAUAAAAGAGCCAAGGUUGCCUACCCCUGGCCUAGAGUCUUACAAUGGAACAAGCACAUAAUAUCUAAUCCUGAAAUUUAAUGUCCUCUGUAUGUAUGUUGUGGGCAGCCCUUCCAGUAUUUGACAUUGUUUCAAUUGGUCUUGCUGUUGCUUUCCAGGCGGAAAGCUCUUGGUUGUUAACACACAAAUGAGUAGCUGAUCCUCAGAAUUCUACUAUACCAUCAAUGUUGGAAAAGUCAAGACAUGGUAUGAAAAUUCUCACGUAUUGAGCUUACAAAUUUUUCCCCAUCCUGGAUGCUAAUGGAGAAUGGUUCCAUAUUGCCGAUGUAGUUAGUGUCAAUAUAGGAUUGUCGCCUUGUGGUGCAUGUCUUGCCUAUAAAUAAAAGCGAUGACUGAAGUGGAA